AUGGAAAGUGGGUCAUUAAGGUUAGGGUUAAUGGCAGUGGUUGCAGUUUCAGGAAGUGUAGUCUUCAUUGCAAAUGAACUUCAUAAACGUCUCCUCUCUGAUUUCAUGAAGAAGAUUGAAUUUGAAUUGGCUGGAAAUGGGAAAUUUCAAGCGAAAAAAAAGGUUCGUUUUGCUGAUAAUGUAAGGGAACCAUCAUCAAAUAACAAAGAAUAUAGGAAGAGAAAUCAUAGUAUCGCCAUUGUUAAGCAAGCUAAAGGUCAUGGUGAAGAAUAUUAUGGUCAACGACGACGACAACAACGACAGCUUCUUAAAAUACCAAAUAAUGAUAAUUCAAUGCCUCUCAAUAGGCAAAUUUUAUAUAAAGGAUUCUUCAAUGUAAAAAUAAUUCUCUUAUACAUUCAAUUUUGUAUAUAUUAUAUGAUGUAUAUAUAUAUAUUUAAAAUGGAUAUUCAUCGCUCUAAAUAUGGCUUGUAUUUUAGUAGUGUCAAUUAUAUUUGUUAUUCAGAUUUUGUCCUUUUUACCAAAAAAAAGGAUUUAUGUAUAAUAUUAUUUUGUAAAUAAACAAUUUUUUUUCUAUUUAUUGUGAUGGGGUUGAUGUAUAAUUU